AUGUCACUAGACGAGUGGCUCGAGGAGCCAGGAAAUGAGCAGCUCCUGAGUGAGCACAACGAAGUCCUCGAAAGAGCAAAGAUACACGAGGGCAACCGGCCCGAAAAAGGCUCUCGACGCAGACUCCUGAGACGCUUGGAAUCCGAACAGAAGAGACACGAGUAUCGGAUUCGUCGAAAGAAAACAGAAGUGUUGUUUACGCCGCCCAUGUAUCCGCCUUGCACGAUUUCCAUCUAUGACUUGAAGAAGACCAUGAUCAAAGACCUGCGUUGCGAGAUUCGCAGCCUGAACUCUUAUAUUCUCGCCAGAACGGUUAACCCCGCAGUCAAGAUGGAUGCUGUGGUGGCGCUAGUGGAAGAUGAAGAGGGGAAUGUUGUUUUAAUGCGGAUCUUGCAUGAAUGGCUUCUUUAUCAUGGUAGCCGUCUUGAUGAAAAUAUGGUUUUGCUUGUGAAGCAGCCGUGUUUGCAGUGGAUUUCAGACAAGGAAUACGAAAUCAAGAUUGAUCAUGUUUCUGAUAUCGUGAUUAUUCCGCUGUUUGAUGGGCGGGUUCCCUUGUCCUGGAGAGAUGAAAGCCUGAACGAUAUUUCAGAAUGGUCAUAUGAUAAUUGGGCAAAGAUUGGCGACGAAGCUUCCAAGAAGGGCGAACAUCGCUUUGCCGUUGAAUGGUAUGGAACUCGGAGACAUUACCGGAGACGCAAAAGAUCUGACCAUGAUAGGUAUACGAAAGCCUUGGAGUGCUCCCCGCCUGCCGAUAUUGCUGCUCUUCUUUUAUUCUCUCGUUCCGAUGGGUACUUCCAGACUCACCAGUAUGAAACAGCUCUGCGUGAUCUCGAAAAAGCCACCGGAUGCCUAGAGAUAUCAGAGCACCUCCUGCGCCGCAAAGCACAGGUCUUGUACCAUCUCCAGCAGUAUCAAGAGUGCUGCGAAGCAUACAACGAGCUUCUGAACAAUCACCCAGGCCGUCAAUCCGACAACGAUCGCCUGAACGAUGCCAUUGCCCGUCUUGCAGAGCAACAGCACGGCAGCUACAACUUCAAGAAAAUGCAAGACAACGCAAUCCACAGCAGAACACUCCUGCUAGACCACGCAACAUACCAGGGCCCAGUAGUCCUGGGCGAAAGCAAAAUGCACGGUCGAGGCCUCUUCACCACAAAAGCAGUCAAAGCAGGCGACCUCCUCCUCUGCGAGAAAGCCUUCUCCUACACCUUCAGCGCGAAAGACACCAGCAGCACCAUCCAAGUCAACCCAGAAACGAAAUUCGUCGCCCGUGGCUCCACCAUCGACCUCACAACAGCAACAAUAACCAAGCUGCAAGCAUACCCCUCCAAAAUCCCCCAACUAACAGCCCUCCACCGCGGCACCUUCCCAGAAGCCAUAACAAUCGACAAAGCCAACAACCCACUCAUAGACACGUAA